CACGGGGUAUUUUAUGUAAUUUUAGUCGACGACAGCUUAUUGUAAACAUUGAUAAUACAUAGAAAUAUGAAGAAAUGAAAAUUUGCUAAAAUAUUGUUUAAAAAAAUGGAUUCGAGUAAUAGUGAAGAAAUUCUAGUUAAUGAAACCCCGCUUUUUCUUUCAAAUUUUGUUUCACAAGGUAUUUCUUAUUUGGAAUCAUAUGGUUGGUUUGUUUUAUUUGGGAUAAUUGUAUUUUAUUUUUUAUAUGAAAAAUAUGCUUCAAAGUUUUGUCAAUGGAAGCAAAAACAAAAGAAUCUCAAAGAAGAUGAGGAGAGGAAAAAAAAUCCUGAUAAAACAUAUGAAAUGCAAGUUUUAGUUGAACAAGCACGCACAAAAUUACAAGAAAAAGUUAGGGCAGAUAGUAUCAAAAAGAAAGCUGAGCAAGAACAGAAAGAAGAAGAGAAACGAAAGAAAAGAAUUGAAGAAUGGGAAGCCCAUCAAGAAGGGAAAGGAUAUUAUUCAAAAUAUAAAGCCAAGGAUGAAAAUGUUGAAAAGCAUGAAAACAUUAAACCUAAAAAUAAAGAAAAAUUAAGAAAACCAGAUUACAAUCCUUUAACAGGAUCAAGUGGAGGCUCGUGUAGUUAUAGACCAGGAAGGAGAACGGGUGGUGGAUGAGGUUAAUUAAUCACUUAGUUCAAGUUUCUAAGUGCUAUUGGAUGGUCUGCUUAUCAAUCAACAUGGUAACUGCAGUAAAAAAUUGUUAUCAAAUAUUAAAAAAUUGAUCAGUUUAUUACUAGUUUACCACGUAUGAUACCCAAUGACAAAAAGUGUUUUUGAAACAUGGUCUUGGAGUUGAUAUUGUUGUUUUGAUAUGAAGAAAAUUUUUUCCGUAUUUUAUUCUGUAAUAUAGAAUCUCUUAUGUAAUUGUAAAUGUUGUGAAUUUCUUAUUUUUAUCAAAAAGUAAACUUUUAGAAA